AUGUCGUCGAACCAGCAGUCGCAGUUACAGGAGGUACUACAGGAGCGCCUCGUACAACAGCAACAGCACCACAAGCACAGCAAACGAGAACAGCCCCUUCCGCAAAGGGAGCUGGUCGUGGUGGCAAUGCUGGUGGAGCUGCGCAGCAGGUUCCUCCUGCAACAGCACCAGCGGGUCCCAACAACGCGGCUGCGGGUGCUCGAGGGGCGCAGUUUUUAUCUACCUCUCCUCAGAGACGAGGGGGUCCGAAAGGGAUCCACACUACACGAGGUGGUGCCGCGAAGCCACCUGCUUCUGGCAACAUGAAUGGAGGUUUCGGAACCGGUGUUGUUCUCAUCGAAAACAAAACGCAAAAAAAUAAGGCAGCAGCCCAUAUCAAUCGCCAAGCAGAUCCGCGCGGUCGUCCAGCACCAUCUUCACUAACCAGAUUGCCAGCGGAGAGCCACGAUGUCAGUUCCAUACAGGCAGGUGGUAAUGGCAUCGCGGGAGAAGAGCAGCCUUCUAGAGGUGGACCAAGAGGCGCAUUCCAUACGCGGAGUAGCAGCAAGCAGGCGCCAUCACCAAGCAAAACUUCGCCUAGUAAGGUAGCAGCAUCGGCUGCGAGUAGGGCUGCUAGCCCAGGUAAACACCAACCUCAUGAUGUUGUAGCUACUUUGGACGAGGCGCCCCCACAACUUCUACAGCGAGACACGGAAAUCAUAACCGUGGGAGACUUGCAACGACAACAAGGUGAUGUCGUCGACGACGAAAUCAUCGAAGACCAUCCAUCGCGGCAAGCGAAGAACAAGCAAGUCGCCAUCGGCGACGAUCUCACUAAGGAUGAACUAGAAGAUCUUACUCUUUCUCGCGAACUACAUCCAGCAUAUCCUGUUGGAGAUGUACAACCUGUUGUUGGAGGAGGUGAUGGAACCACAGGUUAUACAAUUAAAGAUCAACAUGAAGAUGAAGUAGAGGAAGAACCUGCUUCCUCGCCAGACGUCGAUACUUCUCGUCCACCGCUUACUGCAAGACAAGCAGCGGGUCCGCCAUUGACACGCGAGAAUAGCAAGAAAGCCGAUUCCUCCGAAAUCUCUGUUUCCUCCGCUUCCUCCGUGUCCUCCCAGUACCGCGUCCGCCAAUCCCCUAUGGUGUUACUCGCGGAACCAGGUCAAGAGCCAAGGUUUAUCCACCCACAUCCAGGUGCUAGAGAUGCGAAGAGUACUCGUCGACAGGUGAUCACGUCGAAAAUCAAAGUAGACAAGCGAAUGGAGUAUGAGGAUAUCAAGACAACCGAAGAAGAUGGAGGUGUGGCACAACAUAUUGAGCCUCGGUUCACCCCAGCAGUGAUGACUGAGAGCGAUAAGAGGAGACAAGAUAAGAGACAAGCAAAACUACAGGCUAGGGGAGAUAAGAUAGGUAGAGAGAGCAACAAGAAGGGUGGCGGUGGAGGUCAUCAUGGAGGUCAUACUAGUCCGAAGAGUGCGAAUGGUAAGAACAAAACAAACAUAGAAGGCGACCAUCAAUUCCACCAGUCUUCUCGAGGCUCUACACCGACAAUUACGGAGGAAGGCGAAGUGGAGGAACCUGCCGUUUUGAGCUCUUCACCGAUGAAGACGUCGGGUGGUGAGCUCCUUGGUUUCAUUCGACGCAAAAAGCCGCCAGGGAAUAAGCUGGCGCCUUUGAGGAAGUGACGAAGAAACUGCAUUCAUAGUGAUAGUGAUAGUGUAACACAACAUAGUUUGUUAUUCAUAUGGACGAUAGUGAUAGUGUAACACAACAUAGUUAUAUAUUCAUAUGAGACGUAGAAUCCAACAUUCAUCAUAGUAAGAAAGAACUACAACAUAGGACGACACUUUCCUUCGAUUUCAUCAUCACUCAAGAUCACAUGAUCGAAAUAGAAAUUCUGCUGAACUAACAUCGGAUCGACAUAUCAUCAUGAAAAAAAGAAUAAUCUAGUAGAAUUAGACACGAAGAUGAAAUUUUGAAAACAAAACCUUUGGGAUCCGCCCGCGAAAUCAGAAGCCAUACCAGUAUCAAAAUCCAACGAUGCGAAAGCCGUCCGAACCCAGCAUAGAAUAAAUAGGAUGAAUACAUCAACACUUGCACGCGUAUUAAUGAGACCUUUUUCGAAGAAACUACACCAUAUUGAAUAUGGCAUAUUCCAUAACCAAGUUAUUGAAAGUUAUUCCAUCAUUAAGGUAGUAGUGCAGCACUACAAAUGUACAUAGAACAAGCGAUAUCGACUUAGUGACAGUGACAAGAAAGUGACAGUAGGUGCUAGUACUAAUAUUGAUGACAUGUCGUGAAAUCACAAAUAGAAAAUUUAUGAAGUGAAUAGCUGUUGCAAAGACACCUGACAAAAGCAUAAGCUUGUCCAUCCAAAAUAUUGAAACUUGAAAUGUCUGUCGAGACGAUGUAUAAUUCCCAUAUUGGACGGUGCUUCUGUGCUAAAUGAAAAUCACGAG